UUAUAAGGUACACUGAGUAAAUACCCUUCCUUAGUGUGUUUAGCAGAGUCACCGUCUGGACGAUUGAUUAAUUGUAGAGCCGCUUCAGAAGUCCUCAAAACAACAUAUAAUGCGCCUUCAAUGUAAGACACAGGUAGAUUAAACCUCAUUGGCGCAAGAUAGCUUUUGUUCGCUUAAAUAUACCUACGAUGAUGUAAAUAAUACGUUUAUAUUCUAUUCCAGUCGUAUUUAGAGACCAUAUCCAGGGAGCCUAACGGGGACCGUGAACCUUAUCUGUUCGAUAAGAGAUGAUCAAAUGACAGUAGGUGUUUCUCAGUUUAAAACAAAUACUGACCCCGACAAUCCGACUUUCUGACUUUCUUUACGGCUAGUGUAAUUAUAGUUGGUUAUUUGAAUGACCUAACGGAAAAGCACCAGACUUGAUCUUUCACUGGAAUAUCUCCGAGCGAUCACGUGGAUGGAAAUAUGGUGCCCGGUCGAAAAUAACUGCAAGAAGAGCUUUAUUCUUUUGAUUAAUUUGGGGAACAACCUCAUUACGUGUGCACCUGAAGGAGUAUUGUGAAUGCUUGUACAUCUGUUCCGCAGCUGUGGUCAAGUUACAAGUUGACAUUGUUAGACCUCUUUAUCGUGAACAUUCUGUAUAGUGGACUCUUAAAGGCCGCUAAUGGUUGUGGACAAAGGAAUAAGAUACAUCAACACAAGGAGACGUGCGAGUACACGGUUCAGUUCACAGUUUAAUGAACUACCAGUAUUGAGGAAGUAGACCGACAACGAUGGACAACGGUGUAAAACAGUCUGACGUAACGUCCCAAGACGACCACUGUAAUGUUCAAGAAAAACCCAAGUCGUACGUUAAGGAUCGAGUUACACUCACUGUCGUUGUGAUGUUGUACAUGUGUGCGAACACCUCUGUCCUCCCAGUCUACACCCAGUACAUCCACUCACGCUAUGAGGAUGUCUACAGUAACGACGCAAACUCCUCGACAACACCGCCAAGUAAACCACCGCAUCUUGCCUAUGCCAACGAGGACGCUGAUGAGGUGCAGGUGCGUGUUCAGCAGUCAACAUCGUAUGCGAUCAUCAAGUUAAGUCUGUGUGCACUGAUUCCCCCGGCUUUCGUCAACAUGGUGAUGGGGUCCUAUUCAGACCACAUCGGUAGGAAGGUGUUGUUUAUUUUACCGCUGCUUGGAUGUAGUUGUAAAUAUCUAGUUUUCAUUUCGGUUGUCAAAUUCCAUCUUCAUCUCAACUUCCUCAUCCUCGGGGUUCUCCUGGACGGUUUUUCUGGUUCAUCAAGCACCUUCGUUCUCGCCAACAUGGCGUAUGCAGCCGACGUGACAAAGACCCACGCGACAAGGACGCUCGCUAUUGUGAUUGCCGACAGUUCGGUAUCUGUAGCUAUAGCAUUAGGUCAGCUCAUGACAGGCCUCCUCAUCGAAAAUCUUGGAUACUUCUACCCACCUAUCAUUAAUACAGGCUUAAUCCUGCUUGCCAUAGCCAUCGUCACAUUUGGCCUUACGGAAACGGUAAGAGAAUCUAAGGUCAAGAACCUUUCACCUGUAGUUCACAUUAAAAAAGUGUUCGGAUUUUACGUAAACAAAAGCCAAGACAAUAAGCGCUGCAUAUUUAUUGCCAGUUUGGUUGUCUUUGCCCUUAUAAACAUCGGUCUGAGUGGUAGAAAUACAAUUGAGACACUGUAUCAGCUGGGUCGACCGUUCUCCUGGAAUCCUGUACAGAUAGGUUACUUCGGCGCCUACGCCAUAGUAUUCCAGACCCUGUGCGGACUCGUGGCCAUCAAGAUGGGGUCAACGUGUGUGCGGAUAGAAGUUCUGGCUGUGACGGGGAUCUUCCUACUGAUGGGCUCUCUGAUUCUGGAGGGCCUGGCCACGACAGACGUCAUGCUGUUUGCGGUGCCCUGCGUGGCGUCGAUAAGCGCCGUGACGAUGCCUGUGAUUCGGUCGGUCAUGUCGCACAUGGUGGAUGCUCACAAACAAGGUGCGAUCUUCUCAAGCAUGGCCACUGUCGAAACCCUGUGUGGAGCUGUGGGGAGUUCGUCCUUCACCUUCUUGUACAGCGCCACCGUAGACACCAUGAGAGGGAUGGCGUUCUUAUUAAUCGCGGUCGUCAUAUUCAUGGCCGCCUUGACGAUGAUCGUGGUAAUCGUGAAGUCUCCCAGACAACCGGACCGUGACCUGCUUCACUCGCCACCUGAAGAUCAAGACGCACCGGGGCUUGGAUGUACCCAGAGCACCAAACUUCUGGGAGGAGGACCUGAGAAAAUAUACUUAAGCAUGGAGAAGUGCUCUGCUGUUGUAUGACAGCAUGAAUUGACGUAACUACGCCACAUAUAUCAUGUUGAACUGCAAGUGUUAGGACGUCAUCACUGCACCAUUAUGUACAGCACAGAGGCGUAAACUGAUGCUUCACCGGACAUAUUGAUGACCCAAAGGCCCCAAGAACAAUGUUCCUUGAGUGUAUACUUGACUGUAUGAACCUUACUUAUAUGUGGGGAAUGGUUAAUACUGUUACCGUAGUAAUCAUUCCAGUGAGAACUUUUGUUAUUGUUUGCUUAUAAUAGAUGAAAACGGUAGUUGCUGGAAACAUAUUUCCAAUUAGUGCAUUCCACAUAUAACAAAGUCGGAUAAAGCGCUAUAUCGGUUGUAACGAGCCCAGUUCUCCGGUAAUUAACGAUACUCAAGUAAAUACCGAACGUCAAAUAUGACGAUCGUAUUAUUAUCACGAGUGAGGUUGGAUUGGAUUGCUCGUUGGAUUUGGGCACGCAGCUGUGAUUGUAAGUUAGUGCUCCGAUUUGUAUUCUUCUAGUCCUCAAUAGUGCUACAGGGCGUACCAAGUAGCCGUGACAACGGUCAAUUUUGCAUUUUAUUAGACCAUUGAUUAUAAAUAAUGAGGUUACCUGGAUGCAUGAUGAAUGCACUAAUAGAGAACCGGAACAUCCGAGACCCGUUCCACAAAACGGUCGUAACCCUAAGACAACAGUAACCAAAACAUAUCACUAACGUACGAAAGUUGUAGUGAUACGGUCGCUUUGUGGGACGGGCAGGAUGUGAGACAAAGGUUUAUAUAACUGUAUGAAUAAUAGCAUCCAUGAGGGCAAUCACCAUCAUUGUUUUAUGCAUUACAUAUUCAUGUACAUUAUUUUCUAAAUAUUUUAGUUUUUCAUUUUGGUGAAAGGUAAAUUGAAGGUGAGAUCUAUAGGCUUACUUUUUUAGAUAUUUUGUUUGCACAUAAAUCAUCAUUAAAUAAAGCGAAAAACACCCUUGCUAACGAUCGAUCAACCAUCUGUUUUUUAACAAUUUGAUUGUUUUCAUAUACUGUUUCAUGGACUUCACCGUCACUGUCAGAUUGUUGAAACUUUGAUCGCAUCAGAUCAUUUGGUAGGAUGUAUAUGCAUAAUUUUGCUAUCUUGUGACGUUAAUGAUCUCAUUUCCACCAGUUUCACAUUCACAUACUGCGGAUGAGGAUGUCUGUUUACAUAUCCAGGCCGCUGAGGAGCAACUUCCCCUCUCAUGUACAUACAUGAAGCAAAUACUAUUGAAUAAUUCUCCUUUUACUUAGGAUUAAAAUUGAAUCAAUUAAUUGCAACGGUCAGACACUAAUGUAGUUGUGAUUUGAUGUGUUUUUCCUGUUGAUUGUUUCACCUAGUUGUUCUUUUACCGUAUUAUGAUAUCAUAAGUGGGUGGGUGUGGAAGGGGCUUGUCUACAAUGUCAGAUUCCUUUUUACUGCGAAACAACGGUCGUGCGACUAGUUAAAGAUGGGGUUAUUCCCAACAACGCAAACACAUACAAACUACCCACGUGAGUGAACGAACCCACCCGGUCUCUGGCUUAGCCAGCACACACACACACACACACACACACACACACGCACACACGCACGCACGCACGCACGCACGCACGCACGCACGCACACACACACACCAAUAGUAAUUAAACGCUGUGUAAAUAUGUACGCAUUGCAACACACAGUCCUCAUAACAACCUACUCUCAGACAAAUGAAUUGUAAUCGUCUAAAUACGGAAUUCUUGCUGAAAAGGACACUCUUGCACCGUCACUUAUGAUGGUGAGGCGUGUCAGUACUGAUGUUCAGUGAUCCAUUCAUAUAAUUUACACCGUUAUUUUACCUUUUACGGCAAAUGGAAUCUGUAUCGACAGAUAAUCGAGACUGCUCAUUCUUCGACGUUGACGUUUUGUAUGCAUUUAAUGGUUUAUACAAACAGAAUCAAAGACAUUCAAACCAUCAACGUGACACGCGGUUUUUUCAUAAAUCAGCAAUCGAUGACCAUUUAUGAACCGAGCGUAUGUUUGUCAACGAAGUUUUGUUCAAUCAAUCAAAUCCCGGAAAAAAUGUAGAUAGUCCGAGAACCAUUCAUGUUCAUGCAUUGUCAGACAAUCGGUAGAAAACAGAGAUAUGAUUAAAGUGAUGGUGAAACAUUUUGCUGAAUGAACACGUCAGUGCUGCUCAGUGUAACCUGGAAUGUUCUGGACAUUGAUUCACGAUGUACUUAAUCACAUGAUAUUGAUGAAAGUGAACCAAUAAAUGAAUGUG